ACCACCCCCCCACCCCGCCAGCAAAACGAGCCAGCUUGGACAGAACUGUAAUGGGCCAAUCAAGCGCCUUAAACCUUCACGCAAAUGAAAGCAUCCAAACAGAAACCAAUCCAGAGGGACAAAGAAAAGCAGGAUAAAAAGGGGCAUGUGAUCCAGGGAAGCUAUGCCACUCCACCUGGUACGUCGGGGACAUCGCUGCUCAAGAAGCCCCAGCGUCGGCGCUACAGCAUCCCCGACGGGAACGCUCCUGCUCGGCCCACGGACCCCCUUGCUAUGACCUCGUCCAGCCGAAGGGACGGCCGCAUGUCCUCCACGGAGGAACCUUGCGUUGUUAUCCGGGGCAAAAGGCCUGAGGCACGUGUGAGGCACAGCGGAGCCGAUGCAGAGAUGCUGGGGACACCCGACCCGGAGCUGGCGUCCACCAUGGGCUUCUCCGGCUUCGGGAAGAAGGCUCGGACUUUCGACCUCGAAGCCAUGUUUGAGCAGACGAGAAGAACUGCAGUGGAGAGGAGCAGGAAAGUCUUAGAGGCCCGUGAAAGAGAAAAAGAAGAGCAGACUGAAAAGGAGUUCAGAAUUCCAUAUGCUGCUUCAGCAUCCAGUACAACAGGACCUGGGUCCACAUUAACUGAAAGAGAGGCAGUGUGUAGUAAAAGUGAGGACAACUCAAAUGAGGUGUUAAGUGGUCCUUCUAUGCAAUCCCAGAGUUCUGCUAAAGGUCCAUCUGAGGAUACUGAUGAUGAUGAUGAUGAUGAUGAUGAUGAAUUCAUCGGGCCACCACUUCCCCCUGGGUUCAAGGAUAGUGAUGAUGACAAUGACAAUGAUGAUACAGAGGAGGAAGAUAAUAACCCUGUCAAGAAAAUCCCAGAUUCUCAUGAAAUUACACUCCAGCAUGGAACAAAGACAGUUUCUGCUUUGGGGUUGGAUCCUUCAGGUGCUCGUUUGAUAACUGGUGGAUAUGAUUAUGAUGUAAAAUUUUGGGAUUUUGCUGGAAUGGAUGCCUCUCUCCAAGCUUUUCGGUCACUCCAGCCUUGUGAAUGUCACCAAAUCAAGUCUUUACAGUAUAGCAGCACAGGAGAUGUCAUUCUCGUUGUCUCUGGUAAUUCUCAGGCAAAAGUUCUUGACAGAGAUGGCUUCCCAGUAAUGGAAUGCAUAAAGGGAGACCAGUACAUUGUGGAUAUGACAAACACAAAGGGUCACACAGCAAUGCUCAAUUCAGGCUGUUGGCAUCCAAAGAUAAAGGAAGAAUUUUUGACUUGUUCUAAUGAUGGAACUGUGAGGACUUGGGAUGUUAACAAUGAAAAAAAGCACAAAAGCGUAUUUAAGCCACGAUCAGCUCAAGGUAAACGAGUGAUUCCUACAACUUGCACGUACAGCAGAGAUGGGAAACUUAUUGCAGCUGGCUGUCAAGAUGGCUCUAUCCAGAUCUGGGACAGGAAUAUGAAUGUACAUACAAAGUUCCACUGCAGGCAAGCCCAUGCUUCAGGCACUGACACUUCUUGCUUGACAUUUUCCUAUGAUGGUACUGUCCUUGCCAGCAGAGGAGGAGAUGAUACUUUAAAAAUAUGGGAUAUUAGACAAUUUAAAAAACCUCUUAAUUCAGCAGAUGGACUGCCCAGCUUCUUUCCAAUGACAGAUUGUUGUUUCAGUCCAGAUGAUAAGAUCCUUGUCACAGGCACCUCUGUUAAGAAGGGUGGUGGCAGUGGGAAGCUGUUUUUCUUUUAUCGUGAGACCUUCCAGAAGCUGUAUGAGAUAGAAGUUACAGAUGCUAGCGUUGUGCGUUGCCUUUGGCAUCCCAAGCUGAACCAGAUCAUGGUUGGUACCGGGAAUGGUUUAGCCAAAGUGUACUAUGAUCCUGUCAAAAGCCAGAGGGGAGCAAAAUUAUGUGUGGUCAAAACAAAACGAAAAGAGAGACAAGCAGAGACUCUCACGCAGGAUUACAUUAUAACACCCCAUGCGCUUCCAAUGUUCCGUGAACCACGACAACGAAGCACGAGGAAACAGCUGGAGAAGGAUAGGUUGGACCCCAUGAAGUCUCACAAACCUGAACCUCCAGUAGCAGGAGCAGGUCGUGGUGGCCGUGUUGGGACUCAUGGGGUCACCCUGUCAUCAUAUAUAGUCAAGAACAUUGCCCUGGACAAGACAGAUGACAGCAAUCCUCGAGAGGCCAUUCUACGUCAUGCAAAGGAAGCGGAGGAAAAUCCAUACUGGGUGGCUCCAGCAUAUGCUAAAACACAGCCAAAAACAGUUUUUGCAGAAGUGGAACCAGAAGAUGAUGAAACAGACAAGCCAGAGUGGAAAAAACGUAAAAUUUGAAAAAUAAUUUGUUGAAAGAAUGAUUUUGGAGCAUUUGAAACAAGAUGAAACAUUUAUUUCUUUAUUUGGUAUAGUGGGUCAAAAUUUGAAAACAAACAUUACUUCAAUUUAUAAAACUUGCUUCAGUAUAAAAAGAGAUUGUUGAAUUACACUGGCUUAAUCCCACAUCUGAAUUUUGUAAUAAGGAAUUACUUAUAUUGUGCAAAUAACUCCUGUAUGUCAGUUACUUAGCUUUGUGAGUUAAGUGAAAAAUAUUUCUUUAUAAAUAGUAAAUUCAUUAUAUUGCCAAAUGUUGGGGUGUUGUCGUGUGAAGCUAUAUCCUGUCUCUCAGGUGUGCCAGCUUAUUCCUUCCCCUCCCCCUGCCCCCUUGCCUUCUUCCCAAGUGCUGUCUGUCAAGUUCCACAUUCCAGUAAGGGCGUUGUGUGAUUGGCAGAAGUUCAAAAGAUGCUUCUCAGACCUGGGGUCAUUGGCCUGUCCAGGUGUCAUUGUCCCCUGAGACCCUCCCCCUCCCACCUGGUUGGUGGCUCACCUCUCCUCUCCCUCCCCCCUCCCUGUGGGCUUAAAAGGCACUGGAACCAUGCGGUUGGGAUUCUGUUGGAGUUGUUACCGAGAUUCAGAGCUCUGUCACCCUGGAAUAAACUCUGGAUUUAACCCUCUGGCAGAAUCCGCUCUUUCUCUUCACCAUCACCUGAACCUUUUCCACUAGAGCUAAACUGAGUUUCUACUUUGCUUGGACUCAUUCUGAGUGCCUAACUGCCAGCCAGCUAAAGGCGUCUCUAAGGUGAAAAAUCACAGCUGAUACUUUGGUUAAUAUUUGGCGCCCAAACAUGAGGCUGAUUGAACCUGCAACCCCAAGAAGUAAUCUCAGAACCUUGGAAAAGCUUCAAGGCAGCCGAGCACCCACUCAACGAGCUUUGGCUGCAUUGCUUUCAGUAGAGACUUUGGGACUAAACCCACAAAAAGUCUCUAGGACUGCUCGGAGCCCCUGGGAAGUGUAGCUCCUUUCUGGUGAGCAGUUUUCGAGGGGAGAAUAGGGGAGCCCCCUCCUGCCCAUGGGGGUCCUGUUCCGGUGAAGAGACAUCCUGCCUGACCUUGCCAGCAACUACUUCGAUUUCGGUGAGUAUUUCUGCUCUUUAGAGGGGGUAGAACCUCAAUAAACAGUCUCUGCCAUGAGUACUGUUCCCCUUUUAAAACAGUCUCUGCCGUGACUACUGUUCCCCUUUCAAAACAGUCUCUGCCGUGAGUACUGUUCCCCUUUCAAAACAGUCUCUGCCGUGAGUACUGUUCCCCUUUUAAAACAGUCUCUGCCGUGAGUACUGUUCCCCUCUUAAAACAGUCUCUGCCGUGAGAACGGUUCCCUUUUGCUUUUGCACUUAGGCUACGCAGCCCUGUGGAGCAGGAGCGAUAUCCUGUUCGACGUAGCUCACUGCGGCGUGUUUUUGCCGCUUUUAUAAUUUGCAGCGCCAGUGGAGGAUCGGGAGACCUCUCCCUCGGCACUGUGGCGUUCUCAGGUCUGUCAGCACGGGGGGGGCUGCUCUCUCAGCACAGUGCAGGGCAGCUCUCUACACGUGGCGCGGGGGGGAGGCUGCUCUCUCUUGGUGCAGUGUUGGGGAGCUCUCUACAUGCGGCGCACGGGGGUUGCUUUCUCGGCUCGCUACAUGCGACACGGGGCGGCCCCAGUUUCGGCUCUGCUACGUGAAGCCGGCGGGGGAGGCUUUGUCUAUCCUCCGCAGUGGCAGGUUCCCGAUUCAGAGUUGCUGCCGCGGCAACUUUAAAAGCAGUGUACGCAGCUGCAUUGUGAAAGGCUAACGUCUGCUCGUUAUCACUUCUGAUCUGUAGUUUUUUUUAGAAAUCAGUAGUUGAUUUGGCUUUGUUUUUGGUCGGCGGGACUUUGUGUAUUGUGCCUUUUACAUCUAAAAUGGGCUCAAAUUUAAGCACAGCACAAAAAGGAGUGUAUUAUCAUAUUGUUGGAAUUUUAGUCCGUGGUAAUGUUAAGUUCUCUAAAGGAAAAUUAAAACCGUUAAUAAUGUGGCUUUUUCUACACUUCCCACAAAUUUCUCCUGAAGAAGUCCAUGAUAUUCAUGUCUGGGAUAAAGUAAGAAAUUAAUUGAUAACCUGGGGACAGUCUGGAGAUAUAUCUUCAGCUAAAUUUGUGUUCUGGAAUGUACAAGUUCGAACCGCUUUGCUCAAACAAAAGGAAUGGAGAAAAAGCCAAAAUACAAGCAAUGUACCUCUGCUCUCUCAGUCUCUCCCCCUCCCACUUCUAAACCUCUUACCCCUAAACUUAGUAAAAUGCCUAACUCCCUCUCCCCACAAAGUCCUGGCCAGACUGCGUGGAAUCCCUCUCAAAACCCUGCGUCCCCUGCUCUGAGUCCCAGAGCACGUGUUAGCUUUUCGGAGAGCAGUGAUCCCCAAAAUGGCCCCCAGUCCCUAGGGGGUCCACAAGAUGGAGGAUGCCACGUGGCACCUUCCCAUACCUGGUCGUCUUCUUCCCAAGAUCCCCCUAAGUAUCCCAAAAUUCCUUCCGCAUUCCCCUCCCCUCCUGCUCCUCGUGACACCUCCCCUCCUCUUACCUUACCUGCUGUACCCUCAGCUCCGCCCCCUACUCCUCCCAGGGGGCGUCUGCCAAUGUGAUGUCACCAGGUGUCCCCUCCCCCUGUUCCCACAGUGUCCCCGCCCCCUCCCCGGGUUCCCACGGUGGGGGCACGCCCACUGCUUCUCUCUAUAGCUGUAUUGGUGUUUCUAAUGCUUCCGAUUCAAGUGAUACAGGGCAGGAAACUGCAGACCCAAUUCAGGGUCCCACUUUGUCAUUUGCUCCUGUUACAUAUCAGCCUGCAGCACAAGGGGGAGCAGCCCCAACUGCUAAUUGGAGCUCUUUUGGACGACAAUUGAUUAAAGAAAUCUGUAAAUCUCAUAAAGAGUAUGGCCCACACAGUCCAUAUUUCUGUGGCCUUUUAAAUUCUGAACUGAGUCGGACUGUAGUAGUCCCACAUGAUUUAAAACAUCAUUUCUCAUGCCUCAUGACCUCUACAGAAUUCAAAUUAUGGGAAUUAGCAUGGAAACAACUGCUAAAAGAAGCCCUCCCAGGCUUGCAGGCUGAUCCAAACACAGCGAAAGAUACCAAUGGCUUGCCAAUUACCAUUUGAGCAUCUCUCCGCUGAGGGCUAAUGGUCUUUACCCUCAAUCCAAGCUGCUGUAAUUCCUGUAGAAACACUCGAGAAAGUGAAAGAUGCAGCUGAAAAAGCAUUCUUUUCACUCCAACCCGAGAGGUCUUUUGACCCUUAUAGUAAGAUCAAGCAGCUACCAUCAGAGCCUUUUUUGAAAUUUGUAGAAAGGUUAACUAGGGCUAUUGAAAUACAAGUUAAAAAAGAAAAUGCAAGGGAAGAGGUUUUAGAGGAAAUGGCAUUUACAAAUGCAAAUGAACAGUGUUGAGCAGCAAUUUUGAGUCUUCCCCUAGAACCCCCCCCUAUACUAAAAGAUAUGCUUCUAGUCUGUAACAGGAAAGUGCCUCUGAUGAGUGUUGCUGAAGACACCAGAUCAAGGCUGCUGCCAAGACUCCCUCAGCGUGCCGCCAUUGCCAGCCCUGCGCCCAUUCCCUCAGAACAGCAGCACCCUGGGCAGCAGCAAAGACCAGCAAUGGUUGACCCCACAAAGCCAUGCCUGCUUUGCAACAACCUUGGGCACUGGAGUAGCCAGUGCUGCCUGAAAAAGCAAUUUGAUGAAUUUAGAAAUAGCAGGGGAGGAGAACUACAAGCACUCCCAGAGAGUCAACAACAACAAAAAAAACCUGAAAAGGGAGUACCGGCCUACCAGGCACACAGACACAAAAGGAACAGGCCAAGGGAAUGAGGGAAACAAAAUAAACCAAGCGCGCAGUGAUGUUACUAUUUCUGAAGCAGAUGGUUCAAAGACCGUGUCUGCUGGUCCAUUGUUGCAAGUGAAACAAAAUAACCUUUGUCAUGACUUAAGUGAACCCGUGUUAACCACAUCUUCUGUCAAUGAGCCUUACAGGUUGCAGCUGACAGAAUCACUCCACCUGAAAGACACUAACUGGCAUUUUGUCUCUGUCAAUCCAGAACAGGAGGGUACCUGGCACCGAAUUCGCUGUAAGUACAUCGUCAUUGGGGACACCAAACACACACCACAAGAGAUUGAAAUUGCUCCGGGAAUGACAACAUCAGAUCCUGAGCUAUUCAUUCUCGGGCUGCACUGUUUUCACCCACCCCUGUUUCUUCCCAAAGGACAAAUUGUUACUCAAGCUAUCCCUGUGCCGUGUUUACCUGAAGGCACCGAGAAACAAGGGCCCACAGUCACCCGGGUCCAAGUUAUUGGGAAAGACAUACCCAAAAUCUGGUGUAAUGUCAGUGGGGGUAAGGAGUCUAAACGCAUUGAAAUGCUUGUAGACACGGGUGCAGACUGCACAGUGAUCCCAGUACAAGACUGGCCAGCACAUUGGCCUUUGCAAGACGUUGCCAGUCACGUUCAAGGUGUAGGAGGUCUGCGUUGGCUAGACGAUCCAAGAGCACCAUCCAAAUUGAGGGACCAAACGGACAAUUGGCAAAUAUCCGUCCAUUUGUGUUAGAUUAUUUGGAACCAUUAUUAGGGAGAGAUUUAAUGGCCCCGUGGGGUGUCACAAUUGAUAUUCCAGACUCUCCACAGGAUUUUUGUACAGCGGUCAUUGAACAGCGCCCUGCCCAUAAACUGAAGUGGAAAACAGAUGAACCAGUUGAGGUGAAACAAUGGCCGCUCAGUAAACAAAAAAUAAAGGCGCUCGAGGAACUAGUGGAAGAGCAAUUAAAAAAGGGUCACAUUGUGGAGACCAUGUCCCCGUGGAACUCUCCAGUAUUUGUCAUUCAGAAAGCUGACAAAAAAGAUGGCUUCUCCUCCACGACCUCCGACAAAUUAAUGAUGUCAUUGAAGAUAUGGGUUCUCCCCAACCUGGUAUGCGAUCCACAACUAUGCUUCCCCAAGACUGGAAAUUAUCUGUUAUUGAUAUAAAAGAUUGUUUUUCCAAAUUCCCAUACACCCUGACGACGCGCCGCAUUUCGCAUUUUCGGUCCCUACCAUCAACAUGGAAGCCCCUAUGAAAAGGUGCCAUUGGAAAGUUCUUCCUCAAGGACUAAAAGUCUCGCCAGCAAUCUGCCAACAGUAUGUCUCUUCUCUGCUUUCCCCAGUGCGUGCAGCCACAGAAAAGGCCAUCAUCUAUCAUUAUAUGGAUGAUAUCCUUGUGUGUGCCUCCCAAUGAUGAUUUACUCACACAUGCGCUUGACCUAAUGAUCGAUGCAUUGAUUGUUGGAGGGUUUGAGCUCCAAGAACAGAAAAUUCAAAAGACGCCACCUUGGAAAUAUUUGGGCCUAAAAAUUGGAAAUAGGACCAUUGUUCCUCAAAAACUAGAAAUCAAUCCAAAGAUCAAGACCCUUGCGGAUGUCCACAAGUUGUCCGGGUCUUUAAACUGGGUAAGGCCAUGGCUGGGUCUGACAAACGAAGACCUUGCCCCUCCUUUCGACUUAUUGAAAGGGGGAGAGGACCCGGGUGCUCCUAGGGUGUUACCCCAGAGGCACGGAAAGCUCUAGAAAAGGUUCAGAUUGCAAUGUCCACAAGACAGGCCCACCGAUGUCAGCCUGACCUGCCAUUUAAAUUUAUCAUCUUAGGUAAGUUGCCAUACCUCCAUGGAAUCAUUUUCCAGUGGGAGGAAGAACGAACACCUAAGGCAAAGGAUACACCAAAAGAGGACCAAGACCAGAGGGACCCUCUCUUGAUCAUAGAAUGGGUUUUCCUCAGUCACAAAAGGUCCAAGAGAAUGACAAAGCCUCAAGAGCUGGUAGCAGAACUGAUCUGAAAAGCAAGGACCCGGAUCAGGGAGCUAGCAGGAUGUGACUUUGAGUGCAUUCACAUUCCAAUUGAGUUAAAAUCAGGCCAAAAUACUAUGCAAAUAUUGGAACAUUUGUUUCAAGAAAAUGUAGUGUUGCAGUUUGCUCUGGACUCCUACUCAGGACAAAUUUUUGUCCAGAGGCCUGCCCACAAAGUGUUUGAAUAAGAUGUUCAAUUCACUCUGAAAUUGAGAAGCGCUCUAAGUAGGAGACCUGUAAAAAAGGCUCUGACUGUCUUUACAGAUGCAUCCAGGAGGUCUCACAAGUCCAUUAUGACUUGGAAAGAUCCUCAAACCCAGCAGUGGGAGACGGACAUUGCUGAGGUGGAAGGUUCACCUCAAGUUGCGGAAUUGGCUGCAGUUGUUAGAGCUUUUGAAAAGUUCUCAGAAUCAUUCAAUUUGAUUACAGCUUCUGCAUAUGUGGCAGGAGUACACAGGAGAUCAAGCAAUACUGCAAGAAGUGUCUAACAUCGCACUUUUCAAAUUGCUCUCAAAACUUGUAAAGUUAGUCACCCACUGAGAGCAACCAUUUUAUGUGAUGCACGUCAGGUCACACACUGACUUGCCAGGGUUUAUCGCUGAAGGCAACAGAAGGGCAGAUGCUCUUGCUGCGCCUGCAGAGAUGGCCACUCUCCCAAUUGUUUUUGAAUAGGCAAAAAUCAGCCACCAGCUUUUCCACCAAAAUGCACCUGGCCUAGUUCAUAAGUUUCACAUCACUCGAGAACUGGCCAAAGCGAUUGUAGACACAUGCCCAAAUUGCCAACAACAUGCACUCCCUACAGUGAGUACAGGAGCAAACCCAAGGGGAUUGAACAGUUGUGAACUGUGGGAAAGAGAUGUUACGCAUGUCCAGUCAUUUGGACGGCAGAAAUACCUUCACGUUAGUGUAGAUACCUUUUCUGGAGCGAUCUAUGCUUCUGCCCACACAGGAGAAUCAUCUAUUGAUGCCAUUAAGCACCUCUUAUUACAAGCCUUUUCUUUCAUGGGCAUCCCCAAGGAGUUGAAAACUGAUAAUGGGCCUGUUUACAAAUCCAAGGAAUUCAGAAGCUUCCUGCAGCAAUGGGGAGUGGGGCACAAAACUGGCAUCCCCUACUCCCCUACAGGUCAGGCCAUAGUAGAAAGGACUCACCGUGAUAUAAAGAGAGUCCUAGACCAGCAACAUCAGGUUCUGAAAGUGGAACCUCCCCACAUCCACUUGUCCAGGGCACUGUUCACAAUCAAUUUUCUGAAUUGUUCUUUUGACAGCCUGAAUCCACCCAUCCUACUCCACUUUGGGGGGAGCAGUCAUUUGUUGAUGAAAGAAAAGCCUCCAGUUUUAGUAAAGGACCCUGAGACUUGGAGAACAGUGGGACCUUACAAACUGGUUACUUGGGGACGUGGAUACGCCUGUGUGUCCACCCCCUCUGAUUUAAAGUGGGUUCCUUCCAAAUGGGUAAAGCCCUAUGUUCCCAAAGUCUCAGAGAAAUCUACAGAAGCGCCCCAGGUUGCUAAUACCUGGAAAAGAAAACGCCGCAUGUGUUCUCUGGAAGAAAUUCCAUUUAAGCCUCCUAUCUGGAAUAGUUUGUAAUAUGUUUGUUUUAAGUUUCCUUGUACCAGUGUAGAUCCCGCUGUUCGUGUGCAGUCUCGAGAUGCCAUGAGACCAAGCCUGCUCCUCGUCCUACUCACGAUCAUUUCUCCAGUGUCUCCUGGAUAGUCCCUCAACCCAAAGCAAACAUACAUCAAGAGAGAAACGAGGACUGGCUGAGUGGACUGUUCAAAAGCUGGGGACUCUUGGGCUGGUUGGGAUCUAUUCUGAAAACUCUGUUUUUAGUACUGUUUAUUUUAGUUACUGUUAUUGUAGUUGUUAGCAUUGUUUUUAGUCUUAUCAAACGCAUGGUUCUCAAGUUGAUUUCAAGCUCACCUUCCCCUCCUGAAGUCUACCAUUUAGAAGCCCUUAGUGCUCCAAUAAAUGACAUAAAAGCCUCAGUUGAAAACACUGACCCUCCUGUAGAGGAGGAGCCAAUUUACCAACCAUGGUUUGGCAAACAUUCUGCACCACAGACCCAGUCCUCUUCUUUUUAAACAAAACUAGGGGGAGAUGUUGUGGUGUGAAGCUAUAUCCUGUCUCUCAGGUGUGCCAGCUUAUUCCUUCCCCUCCCCCUGCCCCCUUGCCUUCUUCCCAAGUGCUGUCUGUCAAGUUCCACAUUCCAGUAAGGGCGUUGUGUGAUUGGCAGAAGUUCAAAAGAUGCUUCUCAGACCUGGGGUCAUUGGCCUGUCCAGGUGUCAUUGUCCCCUGAGACCCUCCCCCUCCCACCUGGUUGGUGGCUCACCUAUCCUCUCCCUCCCCCCUCCCUGUGGGCUUAAAAGGCACUGGAACCAUGCGGUCGGGAUUCUGUUGGAGUUGUUACCGAGAUUCAGAGCUCUGUCACCCUGGAAUAAACUCUGGAUUUAACCCUC